GUCUCUUCAUUAUCCCCAUGGCCUCAUUGUCUCUUCAUUAUCCCCAUGGCCUCAUUGUCUCUUCAUUAUCCCCAUGGCCUCAUUGUCUCUUUAUUUUCCCCAUGGCCUCAUUGUCUCUUCAUUAUCCCCAUGGCCUCAUUGUCUCUUCAUUAUCCCCAGUACCUCAUUGUCUCUUCAUUAUCCCCACGGCCUCAUUGUCUCUUCAUUAUCCCCAUGGCCUCAUUGUCUCUUCAUUAUCCCCAUGGCCUCAUUGUCUCUUCAUCAUCCCGAUGGACUCAUUGUCUCUUCAUCAUCCCCAUGGCCUCAUUGUCUCUUCAUUAUCUCCAUGUCCUCAUUGUCUCUUCAUUAUCCCAUGGCCUCAUUGUCUCUUCAUUAUCCCCAUGGCCUCAUUGUCUCUUCAUUAUCCCCACGGCCUCAUUGUCUCUUCAUUAUCCCCAUGGCCUCAUUGUCUCUUCAUUAUCCCCAUGGCCUCAUUGUCUCUUCAUCAUCCCGAUGGCCUCAUUGUCUCUUCAUCAUCCCCAUGGCCUCAUUGUCUCUUCAUUAUCUCCAUGUCCUCAUUGUCUCUUCAUUAUCCCCAUGGCCUCAUUGUCUCUUCAUUAUCCCCAUGGCCUCAUUGUCUCUUCAUUAUCCCCACGGCCUCAUUGUCUCUUCAUUAUCCCCAUGGCCUCAUUGUCUCUUCAUUAUCCCCAUGGCCUCAUUGUCUCUUCAUCAUCCCGAUGGCCUCAUUGUCUCUUCAUCAUCCCCAUGGCCUCAUUGUCUCUUCAUUAUCUCCAUGUCCUCAUUGUCUCUUCAUUAUCCCCAUGGCCUCAUUGUCUCUUCAUUAUCCCCAUGGCCUCAUUGUCUCUUAAUUAUCCCCAUGGCCUCAUUGUCUCUUCAUUAUCCCCAUGGCCUCAUUGUCUCUUCAUUAUCCCCAUGGCCUCAUUGUCUCUUCAUUAUCCCCACGGCCUCAUUGUCUCUUCAUUAUCCCCAUGGCCUCAUUGUCUCUUCAUUAUCCCCAUGGCCUCAUUGUCUCUUCAUCAUCCCGAUGGCCUCAUUGUCUCUUCAUCAUCCCCAUGGCCUCAUUGUCUCUUCAUUAUCUCCAUGUCCUCAUUGUCUCUUCAUUAUCCCCAUGGCCUCAUUGUCUCUUCAUUAUCCCCAUGGCCUCAUUGUCUCUUAAUUAUCCCCACGGCCUCAUUGUCUCUUCAUUAUCCCCAUGGCCUCAUUGUCUCUUCAUUAUCCCCAUGGCCUCAUUGUCUCUUCAUCAUCCCCAUGGCCUCAUUGUCUCUUCAUCAUCGCCAUGGCCUCAUUGUCUCUUCAUUAUCCCCAUGGCCUCAUUGUCUCUUCAUUAUCCCCAUUGCCUCAUUGUCUCUUCAUUAUCCCCAUGGCCUCAUUGUCUCUUCAUUAUCCCCAUGGCCUCAUUGUCUCUUCAUUAUCCCCACGGCCUCAUUGUCUCUUCAUUAUCCCCAUGGCCUCAUUGUCUCUUCAUUAUCCCCAUGGCCUCAUUGUCUCUUCAUCAUCCCGAUGGCCUCAUUGUUCUUCGUCAUCCCCAUGGCCUCAUUGUCUCUUCAUCAUCCCCAUGGCCUCAUUGUCUCUUCAUGAUCCCGCGUGUCUGCCCGUUUUCAGUGCUUUCUUGUGUCUGUCCUCAAAGUCCCUCCUCCCACCAUGCAUCCCAUCAGAAUCACAUCAACAGUUGCUCCUUUACUAUUUUCGGUUGCUUCCAUAUCCUCCACCCGCAUGGCCCCUGUGUCCCUGUCCCAGUCCAGAACUUUCGCCUCUUUCAAUCAAAACUUCACCUUUUCCUCACUUCCCCCCUCUUCCUCCUCCCCCCUCUCAUCCGCCUCCCCCAAUCAGGUUGUGAGCUACGACUUCAAGAAGUUCCGUUUCUCCCAGAUGCAUCGCGGGGCCCUGCGCUUCCCCUCGCACCGCUUUUCCUUCCUCGGGUCCCCCAUAGCCGAGGCAGCUCGUGAGUCCGCGGCCCGGGGGGAGGCGCGCACGCUAGCAGCAUUCGAGAAGGAGCCGUACGGGUGCGGGGGCGCGCUGGGGGAGAAGCGGCGGUUGCGGGACCCGUUUGUGCGCGUGGUGCCGUAUCCUGCUGGGUGCGGGGAGAUAGCGGCCCUGUUUACUACAUGCUCCUCGCAGCUGUUUGCGGGGAGGCUGCCGUGGGGCGUGGUGGGGCAGGGCAAGUACAGGAGAGGGUUCUCGGGGUGAUGGCGGGGAGAGACGAGGGUAGGAGGGAGGUGGGGAGGGAGAUUGAGAGCGGUGGGUAGAAGGGGUUGGUUGGAAGGAGGGUGGAGGGGAGAGUAUCGGAUGAUGCCGUCUGUUUGUACACAAUAGUGGCUGUAGUUGGCUGUUGCACCAAGGGUGAUGAGAGACUGAAUCAUACCGUAACAUUUUAUGGUCUCGUUUGAAAUCAUUCUUGUCUGCGUGCCCACACUUUAUU